AUGCCCACCCACCUGCCGCACGCCGACGUUGCCUCCCCCGCCACCCACGCGCUGCACUCCUCGCCGUCGGCCCUCAUGCCUCCACCAGGGGCCCCCGCCGCCUCCCCCUUGCCCUCCACGCCCUCCCCCUCGCAGCCCGGCUCCUACCCCAUGUCGCGCGUCGCUCCCCCUUACGCACUUGCCGCUAACGCGCCGGGCGGACUGGCAGGUGGCGCAAUGGGGGGAAUGAUGAGCCCCACGGCGAGCGCGCAGCUGCGCUCGUCUGCGCUUGCCAACAACCCUAACGCCUCUUCGCAAGGUGCGCCUUCCCCCUCCGCCAUGCCGCCAAAUAUGGGGAAGGCCGGCGCUUCCCCAAGCUCCUCUGCUUCGCUGCCCGCCCUGCCCUCCUCCCUGCACCUCCCUGGCAACAUGCGCGGCCCCCAGUCCGCCCCCACCAUGUCGUCGCACUUCUCCCCCUCCUCAGCCGCCCCCCAAUACCCCUCACAGGCGCAAUCCGCGUCGCCUGGCGGAGCCUCCUAUUCCCCCUCUGCGCCGCACCUGCAGCAGCAAGGCUACAGCGCCAGCCCAGGGGGAGGCGCGCGGGGCGGAAUGCAGCAGGUGGGGGGAAGCGGAGGGCAGGGGGGAACGGAGCAGGCAGAGCAGCAUGGAGGGGGGUGGUGGGGUCAAGCGGCAUGGGAUAUGGAGCCAGGGGACAGGCAGGCGCACAGGUGCGGUGUGGUGGAUGCGUGCAUGCAGCUGGAGCCCGAGGUGGAGGAGGUGCUGCUGGACCUCGCCGACGACUUCAUCCAAUCCGUGACGGCGUUUGGGUGUCAGCUGGCGAGGCAUCGCAAGGCGCAGGUGUUGGAGGCCAAGGACGUCCUGCUGCACCUCGAGCGCAGCUGGCACAUGCGCAUCCCUGGCUUCACGGGGGACGAUUACCGCGUCUACAAGCGCCCUGUCAGUUCUCUUCCUGCACCCUCUCACUGCUCUUGCUUCGCCCUCUCAGUGCUCUUGCUGUGUGUUGCACGUAUGGUGCCGUUCAGAUUGCUUUCCGGGCGCGAUGUAUAUGGCUUGGGCAGUGAUGGGGCAUGGUACGGUGUGCUUGUGAUUUGGCACCAGGACCUCACAUGCUCUCAGUCUUCAUCUGCACCCUUCCUUGCGGCUGUGCUCGCCGGGCCCUGCCCUCCAUCUCGCUCUGUGCAGCCUGUCACGGAGGCGCAUCGCCAACGCCUCGCAGCAGUGAGUGCCUUCUCGCUGUGUUGCUCCUCUGCUGCAUCUCUUGCUGCAUACCCAUCUGUCACCAUACCCAUCUGUCACCACAUGUCUUUCCGGCGCAUAAUUGUUCGCCGCUCUGCAGCCAUCGCAGCCAACGAGGCUCACGCCUCGCCCUCUGCUGCUGCUGCCCCCGGCUCCAACGCCCCCCAUGGCCACACUGCUGCUGCUGCAGCAGCACACGCAGCACAGGCUGGCGGGUUGGAGCAGGGAGCACAUGCGAGCAUGGCGAAGCUCGCAUCUCCCAACUUCAAGGGACCCGGAGGAGCAUCAGGGCCGUUGAGGCUGCAACCAAGCAACGCGCAGUCGCUGGCAUGGCGUGAAUCGUGGCACGCACCUCUGCCGCUGGCCCUCUCGCCCAUGCGGCAAACGCGGAGAGGGCGGUGGGCUGUUGGCGCGGCGAAGGGGGGGGAGGCGGAGGGGGCCGGGGCGGAGGGGGCAGGGGCGGAGGGGGCAGAGUCAUCGACGGCGUUGACAGCCGUGGAGGCGCAACCGCUCGAGAGGCGACCAGAUAACUUAGAGGCGUUGACGCUAGCGCACGGGGAGGGCGCAAUCACACUCCCGCUGUUUGCCCUUUCCCCUCUUUUCAAGUUCCAUGCGCCCCACGUGCUGUUCCCCCCGCGUGUCUGCUCCGUGCGCCCCAUGACGGGGGUUGCAGGGGUGAGUCCGGCGCUGCUGCAGGAGAUGGGCGAGGAGGAGCGGACGCCGAUUCAGAAGUGGCUGAACCCGGGGCAGGACGAGCUGCCGGACGACGUGCCCAUGAGCAUCUGGGACCACCUCGAGGAGCUGCGUGAGCGCGUGCUGGUGUCCGUGGGCGCCGUGGGCGCCGCCAUCCUGCUCUGCUUCUUCUUCAGCCGCGACCUCGUGGUGUUCCUCGAGGCCCCCGUGUACGCCCAGGGCGUGCGCUUCCUGCAGCUCUCGCCAGGGGAAUACUUCUUCACCACGCUCAAGGUGGCGGGGUACUGCGGGCUGCUGCUGGGCGGGCCGGUGAUUCUGUACGAGGUGAUAGCGUUUGUGGUGCCGGGGCUGACAGCCAGCGAGCGGCGGUUCCUGGCGCCCAUAGUGUUUGGGUCGUCCGUGCUCUUCUACUCGGGCAUUGCCUUCAGCUACUCCGUGCUCACGCCCGCCGCACUCAACUUCUUCAUCUCGUAUGCCGAGGGCGUGGUGGAGUCGCUGUGGUCCAUCGACCAGUACUUCGAGUUCGUGCUGCUCCUCAUGUUCUCCACUGGCCUCUCCUUCCAGGCAAGCUCCUCUCCUUCCAGGCAAGCUCCUCUCCUUCCAGGCAAGCUCCUCUCCUUCCAGGCAAGCUCCUCUCCUUCCAGGCAAGCUCCUCUCCUUCCAGGCAAGCUCCUCUCCUUCCAGGCAAGCUCCUCUCCUUCCAGGCAAGCUCCUCUCCUUCCAGGCAAGCUCCUCUCCUUCCAGGCAAGCUCCUCUCCUUCCAGGCAAGCUCCUCUCUUCCCAUGCAAGCUUCUCUCCUUCCAGGCAAGCUCCUCUCUUCCCAUGCAAGCUUCUCUCCUUCCAGGCAAGCUUCUCUCUUCCCAUGCAAGCUUCUCUCCUUCCAGGCAAGUUUCUCAUCUCAGAGGGAAGUUUUUCCUCCCAAGGAAGUUCCCUUCCUUCCAGGCAAGUACCUCUCCCAGGCCAACGCCUCUUAUCCCACAUGCAUGCAUCCUCACCACCAUGCAUCUGCACAUCUCCACCAUUGCACACCCACAUUCCCACACAGUGCCGGUGAUUCAGCUGCUGCUGGGGCAGCUGGGGCUGGUGACGGCGGAUCAGAUGCUGGGCAUCUGGCGCUACGUGGUGGUGGGGGGAGUCACAGCCGCCGCCGUGCUCACGCCCUCCACGGACCCGCUCACGCAGUGCCUGCUGGCAGGGCCCCUCAUCGGCCUCUACAUGGGCGGCGCCUACCUCGUCAAGCUGCUCCAAGGCUCCAAGUCCCCCGCGUAG